CUCAAACAUGUGCCACUUUCAGGUCUCCUCACACUGCUGGUGUGUUCCAUUUUUUGUCAUAGGGUGUGCUGGCAGAUUACGGGCCAUCCCAUAGCUGCUGCCAGGCCCCUAAUCUGCCAUGGGCCCUGUACCGCCCUCCUCAUGCUGCUGCCAGGUCCAGAGUCUCUCAUGGGUCCCUGUACGGCCUCCCAUUGCUGCUGUCUCCAUCGCCACACUCUGCCAUGUGCCACUUUCAGGUCUCCUCACACUGCUGGGUCCACAGUCUCUCAUGGGUCCCUGUACGGCCUCCCAUUGCUGCUGUCUCUCAUCGCCACACUCUGCCAUGUGCCACUUUCAGGUCUCCUC